AUGGCUUCAUCGAACGCUCUUUUUCUUUUCCCGGAAACUAAAUCCUCUGUUUUACCAGAUCCUUCUCGUUUCUUUAGCCCAGACCUCCUCUCAAACCCUCUCCCUACAAAUUCUUUCUUCCAAAACUUCACUCUUAAAAACGGUGACCAAGCUGAAUAUUUUCAUCCUUACCUCAUCAAAUCUGUGGACUCCUCUCUCUGUAUCUCAUACCCAUCUCUGUUUCACAACUCUGAUUUCUUCUACGAGGUGUUUACCGCAGACAUCAUCAUUUCCGGGUCAAACGGACCCGGACCGCGUUCCCGGAAAACUCAUAUUAUCUCUUCGUUCAGUGAUCUUGUCGUUACUCUUGAUUUCCCUUCCUCUAAUCUCAGAUUUUUCCUCGUUAGAGGAAGCCCUAGCUCAUCUACUAAGUGGUCAGACAAGCUCACCAACAACCAGAGAUGGCUGAUUUACGCCUCCUCGCCUAUUGAUCUGACUAAACACGGCGAUUCCUCGAUUCAUUGCCGUGGUGGGUUUACGGGUAUAGUACGAAUCACCGUGUUACCGGGUUCGAAUCCAGGUUACGAAUCUACACUCGACCGAUUCAGUUCUUGUUACCCAGUUUCCGGUGACGCUGACUUUACAAAGCCCUUUACUUUAAAGUAUAUGUGGGAGAAGAGAGGUUCUGGAGAUCUGCUGAUGCUCGCUCAUCCUCUUCAUCUGAAACUUUUAGCAAAAGACGCUUCCAGCUUGUUCCAGCAAUCAACACUCCUUCUAGUUUGUCCUGACAGAGGGUGCACUAACAGUUCAGUCACCGUUUUAGAUCAUUUCCGGUACAAAAGUAUCGACGGAGAUUUAGUAGGGGUCGUCGGAGACUCAUGGGUUCUUAAACCUGACUCUGUUUCGGUGACGUGGCACUCAAUGAAAGGAGUCAAAAAAGAUUCGUACAAGGAGAUCAUCUCGGCUCUUGGCAAAGACGUUAACGGUUUGAAUUCCUCAGCUGAGGUCACGAGUUCGUCGUAUUUCUACGGGAAAUUAAUAGCCAGAGCAGCUAGGUUUGCCUUAAUCGCCGAGGAAGUUUGCUAUCUCGAUGUGAUUCCGAAGAUUGUAACUUACCUGAAGAACAUGAUUGAGCCGUGGUUAGAUGGUAGCUUCAAACCUAACGGCUUUCUGUAUGAUCCUAAAUGGGGAGGUUUGAUCACGAAGCAAGGAUCAAAAGAUUCACAAGCUGAUUUCGGGUUCGGUAUAUAUAAUGAUCAUCAUUACCAUAUUGGUUACUUUCUCUACGCUAUUGCCGUGCUCGCUAAGUUUGAUCCUUUGUGGGGAGAGAGAUACAGAGCUCAAGCGUACAGUCUAUUGGCGGAUUUCAUGACGUUUGGGAGAAAAGAUGAUAAUAAUUCAAAUUCUAGUUAUCCGCGUUUGAGAAAUUUUGAUCUUUUCAAGCUACACUCAUGGGCUGGAGGGUUAACAGAGUUUUGGGACGGCCGGAAUCAAGAGAGCACAAGCGAGGCCGUAAACGCUUAUUACUCCGCCGCUUUAUUAGGGUUAGCUUACGGCGACAAACAUCUGGUGGAGACGGCGUCAACGAUCAUGACGCUUGAGAUACACGCCGCGAAGAUGUGGUGGCAGGUGAAGAAAGGUGAAGCUUUGUAUCCUAAAGAUUUCACGGCAGAGAAUCGUGUGGUUGGGGUUUUAUGGUCUACCAAGAGAGACAGUAGCUUAUGGUUCGGGCCUAAGGAGUGGAAAGAAUGUAGGCUUGGGAUACAAUUAUUACCGAUACUUCCGCUGGUGAACUGGACUUUGCCGGCGUUGCAGAGAAAUGGCGUUGGAGAAGGCUGGAAAGGAUUCCUCUAUGCUCUGGAAAGUCUUUACGACAAAGAUGGUGCAAUUAAGAAGAUAAAGAGAUUAAAUAUGUAUGAUGAUGGAAACUCUCUCAGUAAUCUAUUGUGGUGGGUUCACAGUAGAGACUGA